UGAUUUUCUAAAUAGUUAUAAAUUCCCGCCACAUAUCUUUAGCAUGUUAUAGGUGGCGUUAUUGUGUUAAUGAACUAAGUGGCGCGAGAAACAUGUGUGGUCGAGCGGCUUGUUCUUUGAAUCCGGAUACUUUGUGUCGUGCUUCCGAUUACAAGAAUGCAGCCGGUAAACGAUGCACGACAUCAUGGGCCAAAAGUGACAUUGAAUAUGUUCCAUCUACUAAUAUUGGGCCUAAAGACGUUCUUCCAUGUAUCGUUGCUGGCUCACACUAUGGUAAAGAGGAUGAAAGAGUCCUCUGUGCUAUGAUGUGGAGUAUGAUCCCACCUUGGCAUGAGGGAGAUUACAGAAAGCACACAUUGUCGACGCAUAACGCACGUUUGGAAAAUAUUAAAAAUUCCAAGUUGUAUAGUGCACCAUUACGCAAUGGCCAAAGAUGCAUAGUACUUUGCGAAGGAUAUUAUGAAUGGAAAGCUGGGAAAACGAAGAAAGAUCCUAAACAACCAUAUUACAUUUAUGCUAGUCAAGAGAAAGGAAUAAGAGCAGAUGAUCCUUCAACGUGGAAGGACGAAUGGUCUGAGCAGAAUGGUUGGGAAGGAUUUAAAGUUUUAAAAAUGGCGGGAAUUUUUAAUAUAUUUUCAACUGGAGAAGGUAAGAAGAUAUAUAGCUGUACAAUAAUUACUACUGAGGCAAAUGGUGUUCUUUCUUGGUUGCAUAAUCGAGUACCUGUGUUUUUGAAUAAAGAACAAGACUUAAGGGUCUGGCUGAAUGAGGAGCUACCAAUAGCUGACGCCAUUGACAAAUUAAACAAAUUAACAUUAUCAGAUGGUGAUUUAAGUUGGCAUACAGUCUCAACUCGUGUAAACAAUGUAUUGUAUAAAGGCGAAGAUUGUAGAAAAGAGACAAAAGACGCAGGAGAGAAAAAAAGCAACCCUACUAGUUUUAUGGCUUCCUGGUUGAAGAAGGGGUCUGCAGACUCAGCUAAAAGAAAAACUACUGAAACUAAGAAAGAUGACAACAUACCACCAAAAAUUACUAAGGAAAGCUAAUCGUUUCAUCCAAAUCCGCAAACGAAGUCUCAGGGACAACUUUGUUUCUGCAAAAGUAUCAACUUUAAAUAAAUGUUGAGUUUUUUAAGGAUAUUUAUUACAAAUUCUUUUAUAUUUUUGUACUUAAUACAGUAAUGUUAAUAUUUUAAAUAUCUUAGUCUAUGUUUAUUCAACAUUAAAUCAUAA